AUGAACGAAGCAAAAAUCUCCAAGCGGGAUCUCAAUCGCAUCGUCCUUGACUACCUCAUCCUCGAAGGUUAUCAGAGCGCGGCCGAAUCCUUUGCAGAGGAAGCCGCGCACGACCUCCCCACCAAUGCGGCCCAACAAGUUGAAAAUGCCAACAUUGAGAGUCGCGUCCAGAUUCGCGAAGCCGUCGAGCGCGGCGACAUUCAAACCGCCAUCGAAAUGUGCAACGACCUUGACCCAGAGAUUCUCGAGACGCACCCCGCACUCCACUUCCACCUGUUAACGCAGUCUUUGAUCGAACUGAUACGGGAGGGGCGGACCGCCGAGGCAUUGACUUUUGCCAGGGCGCAUCUAGCGCCUCGAGCUGAGCGAAACGAAGAGUUUCUCAAAGAGUUGGAGAGUGUAAUGUGUCUGCUUGUCUACAGUGCUACACCCACAGGUGCAAAGGGCAAGGAGCAAACGGGCAAUUCUAAGAAGUCAGUAGAGAUCAAUGCCCCUCAAUCCUUACUCGACCUCCUCUCGAUGCAACAUCGUUCCCUUACAGCUUCGGAACUCAAUGACGCGUUGCUCUCCUCGAUGUCGCUUGGAGGUCCAAGAAGAGAACCGAGGCUAGCCGGGCUCAUGCGCUUAUGUUUCUGGGGCGAACGUGUUUUGGAUAGUCACGGAAUUGACUUUCCGCGACUAACAAUCCCGAAAGGCGAGGGGGCAGGCCUGGAUUCUUCACAGUCAGAAGCGGCCAAGGAGUCGAAAUAG